UUGGCCUGCGGGGGGCCGUGGCGGCGGCGUUCCAGAUGGCUCCCACGGGGUGUCUUUCCGCUGGCCUAUAUUUGGAGCAAGCGAGCGCUUGAUAUGGAUAUUUUGAGCCACGUCACGGGGCGUUUGCCGCCGCCGCCGACCACCGUCGCUCUAAUCGCCGGCUUCCUCUUUGUCAUGCCGACGCGCUUCCACCUCAGGGAGCAUCCGUCUGUUGCUGAAGGUUCCCUUCAAGAUUUGGUCACCAUGAUUGUUUUGCUCGAGCUACCUUUUUGUCCUCACCAAAAGGCGCACGUCCGCUGUAUGACGCAUAUGCUGACGUUUUUGUAAACGACCUUUUUCCUUCGCGCAGUCUUUUGCUUUUUUUUUGUGAUUUGUUUUUUGAUAUUUUGAUAAUUUUUUGCCUUUUGAGAGUUACUUUCAAAUUUUGGCUUUGAUGAUGUGGUCAACCUUCCUGGUGACGGACGAGGAGGGCCGUGCGGCAGGCCCGGUCGCUGCCCACUCGGUGGGAGUCGUGGGCGGCGGCGGGGGAGCCCAAGGCACGGGCGGCCUGGCGGGCCUCAUGAGUGGACGCAGCACAUUCGGCAGCAACAAACGCCGCAGGGCCGGACACCACGCCAUGACAGAGGCACAGGAAGGCAAGAUUAAGCUGGCAUUCUUCGUGGCUAUCGUGGGCGUCAUCUUGACCGUGCUGGGCGUGGGAACCGAGUUUUGGGUGGAGCUGGCGCCACCCAAGAGUUUCUACGGUAACCAGACAUGUCCGGCCAUGCAUUUCGGCCUGUGGAAGGCUUGCAGCAAGACGCUGUGGGUGGCUGACAUCGAGCCCGACAGGGAGAGCUGUGGGCCCGCCGAGCUGCCUGGAGGUGUGUUUCUUUCAGAGUCUAACUGCACGUACUUCAAGUUCUUCACAACGGGCGAGAACACCGUCAUGUUCCACAAGACCACGCACAAAAGCCUGAGCAUGGCAUCGGCCAUGUUGUCUCUUUUCAGCGUGGUGCUGAUGGUGAUGGGCGCCAUCUGCAUCACCAUGGCACUCAGCAAGGAAAUAGUCUUCUUCCUCAAGCCCGCCUCUAUCUGCUUCGUCCUUUCUGGAGUGCUGGCGCUGCUGUCCCUGCUGGUUUUCCAGCAGUCGGUAUGGUCCCUCCUGGCCAGCGACCACUUGGUGCCGCUGCACCACAACUUCUCCUGGUCUGUGUCGUGCGUGGGCUCCGCCGGUGCCAUCUUGAUUUUGGGCGGGCUUCUCUUCCUGCUGCUGGCGCUUCCUUUCAGCUCCUGGCAGAGGUGCCACAGCGCCGCCAGCUAGUGGCGGGGUGGCGCUACCGCACGUGGCAUCGCCGCAGCCGCCUUGGCGUAGACGUCACCACGGUCGACAUACUCCAAAAGCGCAUUGAUUCCAUUUUCUACUAGUGCUGAAUUGUUCAUUUGACAGACCUUUACACGCCUCCCAUCUCCUCCCUCACUCGACAGACAAUUCAGUGCUCUAGUAGAACCACAUGAGCUUUUCCUGCACUACCAAUGGCGCUUUUGGCCUACUCAACCUCAAUGAAGUGUCACCUCUGCUGCAUGACGAGGCCCAACCGUCGGCAUGUGUCACGCACAAGUAGCAUCCUUCAUUCUCCAAUAGAUUCAUUUGGAGUCCAUGUCCUGGCGCACCUUUUGGGCUUGGUGCUAGUGAGGAAAAACUUUGCACCCUCCAACUACUAGUGAAGCACUCGAUGUUGUCUCGUAGCUACUCGUGAGCUUACUGACGCAUGACUACAAGUUGGGUGGGGUGAGUUCUGUGUUGUACAAAGAACACAAUAGUUUACCAGGAAAGUUGAGUUGAGGAUUAGUGGGCCUAAAGUGACACUCGCAGUGUAGGGAAAGCCGAUCUUCUCAUCUCAGAACUCAAACCUUUUCUUGCGAGUAAAACAUUUUCUCGGGACUACUUUUGCAAUCGCUUGCUGGGUCCGCCUUUGAAUUUGGACACGGCCAUUGAUUUGCUACUGUUUCUGCUCGCCACAUCUGACAAAUGGGAGGCAAGACGAUGCACUUCCACGCUCGCCUCUGUAAAAAAGUCUUAAGCACGCAAACGAUCCUGCCUCGCUUCAGUCGUCCGGCGUCUGAAAUUGGAAGCUCGUCAUUUGCGAGUUCGACCGGACUUGCUUGCAUUGCUAGCGAGCUGAUGGAGAGAACAGAAAGUCUUCGAAGUCUUAGAUAUCAAAUACAUAAACACACUUUUGUGUAUAUUGGAUGCGUUUCGGCACCAAUUUGGUUUUGCUGUGUUCGGCGUCAUCUUUGUAGCGUGUCUGUGUAUAAGACGAUCAUAAAUGUGUACAAGACGAAA